UCACAAGAAGGAACGAGGCUUGUGAAGCCUCCGUAUGUACAUUACACAAAUAAUAAUUUAUUUCUUGAACUAGCAUUGGAUUUUGCAUUAUUAUUUUGUAGAACAAAUCGCUGCUUUCCAUUCUCAACUGCUAAUGCUUGUUGUGCAAGGGUGACUUCUGCAGAGCGCAGGGAUGACGACUGCACUGCCUACUGAGGAUUAUUAUAACUAUGACAAUUACAAUUACAAUUACAGUUACUCCGAUGAAGACUUUGUUGUUCUCUGUGAAAAUUACGAUAGCAACAUGUUUGGAGCCACAUUGACGGUCACUUUGUACAGCUUGAUCUUCAUUUUAAGCGUGGUUGGAAACAGUUUGGUUUUGUGGAUCAUGUUGAGGUACGAGAAGCUGAAAACCAUAACGGACAUAUUCAUUGUGAAUCUGGCCAUUUCGGAUUUGCUUUUUGCCGCCUCGCUCCCGUUUUGGGCAAAGGAUCACGUCUCUGGAUGGGUCUUUGGGAACGCCAUGUGCAAAUUACUGAGCGGUGUUUUCUUCGUUGGCUAUUACAGCGGGAUCAUGUUUCUGACACUGAUGACGGCUGAUCGAUACUUUGCUGUGGUCCACGCUGUUUACGCUGCAAGGAGUAGAAAAACCUGCUACGCAGUCACAGCAAGCCUGGUCGUUUGGGCAAUUAGUUUAUCAGCCUCAGUGCCUGAAUUCAUUUACUCCACUGAAAUUACAUGGGAUCAAACAAAGUUUUGUAUGGCUAACUAUCCAGAAGAUAGUGAACACAUCUGGUUGUUGUUCGGGUAUUACCAGCAAAUUAUAUUGUUCUUCUUAAUUCCAUUAGUUGUCAUUGUGUAUUGCUAUUAUAAAAUCAUGAACACUGUGCUGAGGUGUAAAGCAAGGAAGAAGUACAAAGCAGUGAAGGUGAUCUUGUGUAUUGUGGUGAUUUUCUUCCUGUGUUGGGCACCAUACAAUAUGGUGAUUUUCCUGGUCUCUCUGAAACAACUUAAUGUGUCGCCAUUCACAACCUGUGAGAUGAGCAAACACAUCGACUACGCGUAUUUCAUCAGUCGUAACCUCGCUUAUUUCCACUGCUGUCUCAACCCCGUGUUUUACGCUUUUGUGGGUACAAAUUUCAGAAUACAUCUAAACAAAUUAUUAAGGAAUCUGUUUCCUUGUAUGAGGACUCAAAACCUGUGGAUUUACAAAGUCAGGAGUCUCAACAGGAGUAGUUCUCAUGAGUACUCUGAAGCUUUUGUGAUGAACACAAGCAUCUUGUAA